CAUAAAUUUGGGGAUCAAAUUAUGGUUGUUUUGGCUAUCUAUCUUGAUACCGGAAAUUUUUUUUAAUUGAGUUAUUUUUAUACCUCCCCCCUCUCCUCUAGGAAAAGAAACCGUCAUUUGGCUAAAAAAAUUCAAAAUCAGAGACCAGAUUUUUUUAACUUGGAUUUACCAAAAACCUUAUUAUCGAUUUCUUUUUCCAUAUCCAAAUGAAUUUUUAAAAACACAAAAAUAACUGGAGUUUAUUUUCAGGAAAAUUUUAAUUUAAGAAAAAGUUGUUAUUUUUUUUUAAGUUGUUGAAAAAACACGAAGAUUGUUUAAAACAAAUGGAAGAGGAUAAAAAGAGAAAAAGGCGUUAUGAAGAAGCUGUUCGUGCUGGAAAAAUUAAAAAGAUGGGAAGGAAGAGAAAGGCUGAAAAUGAUUUAAAACGAGAAAAGAAGGAUAAUUCUGAACAACGUCAACUUGCUCGAUUGGAACGCAAGGAAAGAAGGAAGCGUGAAAAGGAAGAAAAUCGACAAAGGAAAAAUAAUAAAUUAAUUAUUUCAACAACUCCAACAAAUGAAAAUUUGCCAAAUAAUUUAAAUAAUUUGUCGUCAAUUUCUACAAAUACUGCUUCAACACCAACACCUUUUGCUAAUAAUAUUUGUUGUAUGGAUGAUGAUAAUGAUGAAGAAAAUAAUGGAGUAAAUAAAACGAUUCCAUUAACUGUUGUGAACAACAAUAAUAAUAAAAAAGAAAUAUCGUCAUCAUCAUUAUUAAAUAAUAAAAUAACUUCAAGACGUGAACAACAACGAAUUGAAAGAGAAGCUAAAAAGAUUGAAAAAGAGCGUUGUCGUGAAGAAAAGAAGCGUUUAAAAAUGGAGAAAAAAGCUGCUUUAGCUGCUGAAAAAAUUGCUGCACGUCAACAAAAGAAGGUGGGGGAAAUUAUAAAUUGA